ACGCACACGCCGGGACCCGUGGAGCCUUCGCCAGUUGUGAAGAUAUGGUUCCAGAACCGGCGCAUGAAGUGGCGCAACUCGAAGGAGCGCGAGCUGCUGGCCAGUGGCGGGUCGCGCGAGCAGACGCUACCUAACAAGAACAACCCGAACCCGGACCUGAGCGAUGCCGAGGGUGACCGGCCGCGACUCGACCUGGGCGAGAUUUCACCGCUCGCCACGCCCAAGGAUGGCUACGACGCUGCCGCGCUGCACGACGAGCGGCUGGAUGACGACUCGGCGGGCGAGGACAACGACGACGACGAGGAGAUCAGUGUUACGUGACAAGAACAACCGCGCAUG